AUGUCAGACAAGUCUGUUGAUCUGGUGGAGCACAUCUCCAACGCUGUGAGAGAGUCUGAGUUCCCAAAUCCCAGUAAUGGACCAUUUGCACCGAGGAACACGCUGAGAAAUAUCACGGACUUCUCGGUUACUGACACAAUUUGGCCUGAUUCCACCGGGGAUAUCAGUGCCUCGAACAAGGAACUCGUCGAAUUCAUCAGGGUACAAGCCCCAGAAAUCUUCGCCAUCGCAAUCUACCUGGACGAGAACUUGGAAAAGAUGCUGCGGCUGUUCAUGAAACAUGAUAAAUCCGACAGGAGUCUCCCAAUGUCCGAUGCUGACCUGGAGAAGAUAUGGCCCAGACCACGGGAUGCGAUCCGAAGGCGAUCCUUUAAAAAACAUCAACAUCUCUUCAGGGCCCAGGAUUUUCCAAUGCAGGGCAGAUUCUCUGUCAUCCAUCUUAGGCCAAAUGUUGUGCUUCCAAUCCUGGAGUCUAAGCAUAUGUCCCAUGGGCAAUUCGGCAUCGUCCACAAGGUCAGCCUCCACGAAGAAUUCCUGGAUCUCAAUGACCCAAUCCGCAAGGCACAAGGCGUGGCUGCUAUCAAAGAGCUUCGAGAGUCUAUCGAGGAUGAAAUGGCAAAGCACGCCUGGGAGAGGGAGGUCAAGGCUCUGCAGGAGAUUUGCCAGCUUGGUAUCCCGCAUGUAGUGGAGAUUGCAGCUAUGAUUGCCAUCGAGAAGAAACAGUAUUUUGUUUUCCCCUGGGCGGAUGGCGGCAACCUCCUAAAUCUCUGGAAGUCUCGAGACAGCUAUCACGAUCGUUCUGAAAUUACCUGUCGAUACAUCCCUGAUAUUGUGAAUCAACUGGUCGGCCUGACAGAUGCAUUGGAGAGACUGCACGCUUUUCCCUAUGGCGAGGCAGCUUCGUACCGCCAUGGCGACCUGAAACCCGAGAAUAUUCUCAUAUUCGACAGCAAAAGCCCUAGUUUCCUGGGCAUCUGGAAGAUGGCAGACCUAGGACUCGCAAGAUACCACAUGGCAGCAACUGGUGACCGACUUUAUGUCACAUCCAACUCAGGGGCUGGUACGAUAUCAUAUCAACCCCCUGAAAGCGUCGAUGCAAAAGCCGCACCGACCUCAAGACUCUACGAUAUCUGGUCCAUGGGCUGCAUAUUUUUGCAACUAAUGACGUGGCUAGUCUACGGCACCAGCGAAAUCGACGAGCUUACCAGGAAGACCAAGUCUGUCUUCGCGAAAGGUGAAAGUUCCUACUGGAGUGCGGAAUCCUGGGACGAAACCAACGGCUAUCACAACCUCAAAGUCCACCCCUCAGUAACGAAGCACAUGGAAAGAAUGAAGGGUGACGUCCAAGGCUCGAAAGCUCUACAAGGCCUGCUGCUUAUCAUUCAAGAUAAGCUCCUUGUCGUCCAGCGACCCAAAGAGGCCACGAUAUCGGAGUCGGGUUGUCGAACCAACGCUGCAGAUCUCCAUAGAUCUCUAAAGAAAAUACAGGCUGCAUGCGAGGACCGAGGGUAUUGGUUCUCUGGUGGAAAUGUUGUCCAACAGGCAAGUUAUCUGCAAAUACCGCAAGGGCAGACCCUGGAUGUGGGGAGGGGAAACAAAGACGUGAGUAGCAUAUUACGAAGCUGGUUGACUGAGCUUAACGACAACUGGGUCAGAGCUGCAGACAAGACUUUUGUUUCGACGCUGCUCGAUCGUCCUGAGCUGCGAGAUUCCAUCAGACUAGACAGAGUUCCCAAGGCAAAUCUGUGCAUCAAGUGUGAGAAUCUGGACUUCUUUGCGGAGAAAUUCCAGAUCACAGACACAUUCCAGGAGUUGAAGAGGGAGGCUAGUCUUUGUGACUUCUGCAAAAUGCGGUGGAAUCUAGGGAAGGACUCUUUUUCCCACGAGGUUCAGAGCAUUGUGUUUGAUCUAUUUGGCUCCGAUCUGCAGCUGAACCACCAACCCGUCAUCAGCUUUUUGGCCUGCCAUGAAGACUCAGAUUCUGGGCUCGGAUUGAGCGAUCCUAUUGAUAUUUGGCCUCAAAUCGGUCUGUCCCGACUGCCACCGGUUGGCAGUGAAGCACAUUUCACCAUACUUCGGGACUGGCUACAAGACUGCGAUGAACAUCACGACAGCUGCAGACCCUUGACGAAUUCCAGCGCUCAGUUACCAAAGAGACUAAUAGACGUAGGACAAGGAGGCGGAACUGGUGUGAGUCUGUACGAGACCAAACAGGACGAUGCGCUUGAGUAUAUUGCCCUGUCUCAUCCUUGGGGGCCUCACAGCUCGUCGCAUUUCUGCACAUAUCCUGAGAAUAUAGACCACCACCUCCAAGGAAUCCUUCUCAAGGACCUUCCGCAGACAUUUCAAGAUGCAGUGGAGGCAACGAGAAGUUUGAAUCAACGAUACCUGUGGAUCGACUCACUCUGCAUAAUUCAAGGUCCGAAUGGCGACUUCAAUGAACAAGCGAAGCAUAUGGAAGGAAUCUUCCGCCAAGCGUACUGCGUACUAGCUGCAAGCUGUGCCAAGGGCCAGCAAGACGGAUUCUUGAAGCCGAGAGAUCAGAGGAGGUGCCUGGAAAUCCAUCAGGAUCUUUCUAGCCGUCCUCCAAUAUACGCCUGCGACUUCAUUGACGACUUCCAGCAACACGCGCUGGGUAGUCAUCUCAACCAAAGAGGUUGGGUGCUGCAAGAAAGGGCCCUGGCGCGACGCACAAUUUUCUUCACCGAGAAGCAGACAUAUUGGGAGUGUGGAGCUGGUGUCCGUUGCGAGACCACAAUGAAAAUGAACAAUAAGCUUGCCUCGUUUCUCGGCGACUCAAGAUUCCCCGAAGUCGGGAUGAAAUCUAACUAUGGAGGCAAAAUUCGGUUGUUUCAAGAUCUCUAUUCGAAAUACUCGCGUUUGGGGCUGUCACACGAUACAGAUCGACCCGUCGCUAUUGCGGGCAUCGAGAAACACCUUAUUUCUAGCUUCAAUGUCCGAGGAGGAUUUGGCGUCCUCGACGACGGAAAUCGUGGCCUACUUUGGCGAAGUUUGCUAUGGCAGCGAGCACGGGACGCACCAAGUGGACUGAAAAGAAUCGAGUUUGGGUUGCUCAAAGGUGCAGCCGUAGCCGUCAUUCCGCCACCCUCGUGGUCAUGGAUGGCCUACAAGGGUGCCAUUGAUUAUCUGGGCCUGCCCUUUGAAAAGGUAGAUUGGGAGGAAGACGAUAUAUACUCGCGGUGGUCACGUGGCGCAGGGAAGUCAUGGAGCUACAGUGGGGACUACUUGACGUGCCCAUUGGAGCUGACUGUGCAUGGACGUUCUUUUGACUUGCAGGAAGCGAGGACAUCGUGUAGUGCCAGCAUCGUACUUGAUGAUCCUGACAGGACGGACAAGCUGGAGCCGUUCCUGAAAUGCGUCGUUCUUGGCAAGUUGAAAGGUCGGGCGGAGGAGUCGAGCGAUGCAAGGACUCACUACGUCUUGCUGGUAACGCCGACAGCACCACAAAAUGGGGGCUCGUCACCAGGUUACAACCGGGUUGGUGUCGGAUACAUGCCCGGAUCCCUCAUCGACUUCAGCAAGCAGGGGAUUCCGGGAGAGCUGCGAUGA